UCCAAGGUCUGUCCUAUGGUGACAGUGACAGUUUAUAUAGUUUAAAUUGUACAUAUUUUCAUAAUUUACUUGUUUUAAAAUUAUUUUAUUAAACAUUGACCAAAAAUGGGUGAUAUGGGACCUGGAGAGUAUUUUAUUUGCGGGGGUUUUGGUGGAAUAUGCACUGUUAUAGUAGGCCAUCCCUUAGAUACAAUAAAAGUGAGGUUACAGACUAUGCCAAUACCCCAAGCUGGACAAUCACCCUUAUAUUCAGGAACAUGGGACUGCCUACAAAAGACUGUGAGAUACGAAGGUGUUAGAGGGUUAUACAAGGGAAUGGGUGCUCCCUUGAUUGGUGUAGCUCCUAUCUUUGCCAUUUCCUUUAUGGGUUAUGGUGUAGGAAAGAAAGUUUUCGGUCCAUCAGAUGGUGGUCGCCUUACAUAUACAGAAAUGGGACUUGCUGGAGCUUUUUCUGGCAUUUUCACUACUUUAAUUAUGGCCCCAGGGGAGAGAAUCAAGUGUUUGUUGCAAAUUCAACAAGGGGCAAAUGCGCCAAAGGUUUAUAAUGGACCUGUUGAUGUAGUUAAGAAACUUUACAAGCAAGGAGGCAUGUCCAGUAUCUACAGAGGAGCUGGAGCAACAUUGCUAAGAGAUGUUCCUGCUUCGGGGAUGUAUUUCCUUACUUACGAAGCUAUUAAGGACUACGUUACGGAAUAUGGAACAAAGGAUAUUAGUAUAUUAGGAACUAUUCUGGCUGGUGGAUCAGCAGGAAUAUCCAACUGGUUGAUUGGCAUGCCCGCUGAUGUUUUAAAAAGCAGAUUACAAACAGCCCCUGAGGGUACAUACAAGAACGGUAUUAGAGAUGUAUUCAAACAAUUAAUGAAGACUGAAGGACCUCUUGCCUUAUAUAAGGGUAUUACGCCUGUACUGCUUAGAGCCUUCCCAGCGAAUGCAGCCUGUUUUGUGGGCUUUGAGUUAUGCAAGAAGUUUAUUGAUUUCCUCUUCCCGAAGAAAAAACCAGCAACAGAACAUAUCGCUUAGAUAUAUCAACGAUAUUGUGGUAUUGGAGCCUUGGAUGUAUUGAUAUAUUUGUGAUCCUGAUUGAUAGAAGAAAUAUCAUUAUUCUAUUUGUAUUAUUCGGCGAUGACAGCUUCCUUGUCUUACUUGGCAUAAAAAUAUGUAUGGUUCGUACAGUAUAAAUACAGUUGCACGACAUCCGCAUCAUAGCAAGUGACGUCACAUGAUACCAACACAAAAUAUUUAAGUCGUAGGUCUGUUCCUUUUUAUAAUUAUUUGGCCAAGUACACUGGAAUUACAACCACUAGACAUAUUUUAUUAUAUACGUGUAGAAAUAAUAUUUGAAGAUUUCUAUUAAUGUAAACUUAAAGAAAUACACCAUAACUUGUUUCAUUUAAUUUGUGUAAGUGGAUUAUAAAGCGUUUUUAUAAAGCACACUUGUUCGGAUCGCACUUUAACUACGAUCGAACGAAGGUGACAUUUUGGCAUAAAUUGGUAACAAUUAUUUGACAGUUGCGGUGUUGAUAGUUCAGAUUUGUUUUUAUUAUUUACUAUAAGUACCUAUUUGUUUUAUUAUAUUUAUUGUUUAUUAUUUACUUUAACGUAAGAUUAUUACUUAAUUCUUGUUUUCUAUUUCUAAUGUUUUUAUUUAUUUACAUUGAAUAUUAAUUUCAUUUGUUGUAUAAUCCACUUCUGCAAUAAUUGUGAUAUAUUUGUUUUAAAAUGAAUUCAGGAUUUUUUUCUAAUUUGGCAACAAUGUCGAAUUAAAUCUCUGACGUAGAUAAUCAGUGGCGGAUCCAGAAAUUUUUUGGGGGGGGGGGUCAUGGGUCUUGAGGCUGAUUUAAUUACCUAUCUUUGAUGCAAGGUCACUUAAGUGCACUUUACAUCAACAAGAAAUUGACAAAGUUAUUCAAGGUCAAAUUUGACUUAUACAAAACACCCAAUUUUGCCGUGAAUAAAAAGAAAAUAAAGAAAUUUGACAAAAUAAAACAUAUCCAAUUGUUCUAUUCCAUCAAAUUCCUUCAUUUUCUUUUACAAACCAUACAUUUUGUACAUGUUAAAUUUGGCCUUGAAUAACUUUGUCAAUUUCUUGUUCAAUUUAUUUUUGAUGUAAAGUGGACAUUAGUCUUACCAACUCUAGGAUACGUGGGUUUACAAUUAUGGGGGGGAGGGUCAUGACCCCCGUGACACCCCCCUGGAUCCGCCAGUGUAGAUAAUGACGUGCAACUGUAUUUAUACUGUAACAACCAACGAUAAUUGAGUCCGUUACUACUUAAAGUUUGUAACUCUUGUGAGACAAAACUCUGUGACAAAAGUAUUGGUAGUUAAAUCUUUAAGUAAUAACCAAACAUUUUGUCGUUAUAAAGUGUUUAUCUUUAUUAAUUGACAAUUUACUAGUGUGUCUGAAACAAAUAUUUGACAUUGAGAAAAAUUGUUACUCAAUUUACAAUUUAAACAGUAAACUAAUUGUUUGUUCAAACAAUAAAAAUUUGUGUUCCAGGAUUAGAUUUGGUAAAUCUUA